AAUGAUCUUAUCAAUCAGUACUUAAACCCUCCAGUCCGACCUCGGCGUUGCUACUGCCAUCCCAAAGCAGCGCGAUCGUCAACGUCUCCCAGCAGCAACGCGUGCUUAUCGCGAUCGGCGCGGUGCUUAUCUCACCAUCGCAUAGCUCUCUUGUUCUCGUAAUACAUCCAUUGCGAUGGCUCGUUUUUUCGAGCUGGAUGUUGGAGACGCAGAACACGAGCAGCCCUCGCUGGUCGAGCAGCGGCUUUGUACGAAGCUUGACGACGUCACCAUGCGAAGCGACGCCAAAGCCACCGACGAGCAGCCACGAACGCGCAAUAUUGUAACAGAAGCCUUCCAAUGUUACCCGAUCGUGCAUGCUAUUGUAUCAAAUAUUGACCUGAAUACACUCGACUCGCUCGCUCGCUCCUCGUUCUGCAUCCAUGCUUCUCUCCUCCAGUCUCGCCGUGUCCUUAUCUCCUCGACAUUGCGCUGUGUUCACGAGGCCGCUCCCAUCGAUGCGUCGGAAACAUUGCGCUACCGCGCUCGCGCGGGCAACUGGUUCUACAUGGAAGAUGGGCGGUCCUACAAUGGCAAAUCGGGUCAUUGCGCCCGAGAUCUCGUCGGCCAGUGCAGGAGGUGCGAGACGGUGAUUUGCAGGAACUGUGCGAUCAAGCCGCCAGCGCCAGUCACCCUGAAAGAGAGGCACAGAAGGCUGUGUACGUCUUGCACGAAAGCACCACUUGCAAUUCUAGCGAAGCCACCAUUGGAUCCUCACCUUUCAUUCUCAUCAGAGUAUAUACAAAGAACGCUUUGCAAGUGCGAUAGCGAGGGGGUUUGGCUCUGCCAGCCUUGUGGGAGGAGCAUCAGGACAGCGGACGGCGAAUACCAGCGCAUCUGGCGCUGGAGGAGCCAUUAUGGCGAAGUGCUCGGCGGACUCGGUACAGGGAUCGGAGAUGGUGAUCGCGGUGUCAUCUGCGGUCGCGAAGGGGAUUGUCUAGCGGCCAAAGAGCACGAGACCCAAGUUGACUGCGAUGCGGCGGACGCCAAAGACUACCCCGUGUCGCCGGUAUGGGCUGAACCUUCUCCGCCCACAACCCCUGAACCAACACACUUACCUAGCCCCCUGGAGACAUUGCAACAAGAGGAGAGGAGAACGCCAAGUCCCCAAGUGAGAUGCGGAUAUGAGCGACAUGAAGUGGAAGGCAUCGGCGGUGUUGUCAAAAAGACACUCGUGAAAAUGGUCAGAGUCGGGGCCUGUGUCCCUGAGUGGGAAGAUGAACGAGGUCUGAACGGAAAGCCCCUGAGCCGCGAGAUCAGGGGCGACUUGCGAAGUUGGUGUGGCUGGUGCUGGCGCGUCGUACCUGGCAAGAACGACAAAUGAGGGCAUGAAUCAAAUAUACAUGUUAUGUAAUGUGGUAAUGAAAAUCAAGAAUGCAUCCAUGAUAUACAGGGUAAUGCCCAGAGCCUUGUAU